CGGCAGGUGGCAGUAAUGCGCUCUUGACGCUGACGGCCGUGUGCAGUGUAUGAGCAAAAACAUGGCGACGUCCUUGGUCAGGCAGACAAAAUUGUUGUCGAUUGUAACCAGCCAGUUAAACUCUGCGGCAUGUUUCAGGAAUAUUCACUGCUCUGCAGCUUGUCUGAAGAACCGUGCAGCUCGUAUUCGAGUGGGUAAAGGAGACAAGCCAAUAACUUAUGAGCAGGCGUAUCACCCUCAUGACAUCGGGCACAGGAAGGGCUGGCUCUCACAACACACCAGUAAUCUGCAGGGUGAAGAUGGAGCGGCGGAGCGUGUAGUGGAGGACGUCUUCGUCAGACGCUUCAUGUACGGCACGUUUCACGGCUGUUUGGCGGAUGAGGUGGUGAUCAAACGCAGAGGAAACCUCCUGGUCAUCUGUGCAGUGAUGAUACAGAAACUCUUACCGUCGAAAUUCUACUUUCUCGUCGGUUACACAGAGGAACUGCUCUCGCAUUUUUACAAAUGCCCCGUUAAAAUCGAAAUGCAGACGGUAGAAGAAAAAGUAGUCUACAAAUAUCUCUAAGGCCAUGUGUUGUUGGGUUAUAAAAUUGUUGUUAAAAUAAAAAGCUUAAGGAAUUUCUCUUA